UCCACGAGCCGGGCUCCUGGUGUGAGCCAAUAGCGAGGGGCUCCGGGAGCGAGGCGCGGGGGGCGGGGCUCGGCGCGGCCGCCGCCAUCUUGAUGGGACAGAAACAAUAGGACGAAGCACCGCGGGACGGGCUGAGGCCGCAGGAUGAUCUCAUCCCGCUCUGGACUGAAGGGUUUCAGACUUUGGUUUGGAGUUCCAGUACCUGCUCUCAUAAACUCCUUGGGACAGCUGGAGUCAGUCUGGGCCUCUUGGGCCUCUUCUGAUUGCUUUCUAUUGUAGACAAUUCACAACACUUUCUUUGCACUGCUGGCAGAGCGUCCCGGCCCGCUCAGCCGAGGACUUGAGGCCAGACAGACGGACGCACGGACAGACGACAGACGGAGGACGCGCUGGCCGCUGGACCCCGCCGCCUCCCCCUUCUCCCUGCCGCCUGCGCCUGGAGGAUGAGCCCAGCCUUCAGGGCCAUGGACGUGGAGCCCCGCACCAAGGGCGUCCUUCUGGAGCCCUUUGUCCACCAGGUCGGGGGGCACUCAUGCGUGCUCCGCUUCAACGAGACAACCCUAUGCAAGCCCCUGGUUCCGAGGGAGCACCAGUUCUACGAGACCCUCCCAGCCGAGAUGCGCAAAUUCACUCCCCAGUACAAAGGUGUGGUGUCUGUACGCUUCGAAGAAGAUGAAGACAGGAACUUAUGUUUAAUAGCAUAUCCAUUAAAAGGGGACCACGGAACUGUGGACAGUGUAGACAAUUUAGACUGUGAACCAAAAAGUAAGCUCCUGAGGUGGACAAACAAAAAACAUCACGUUCUAGAAACGGAAAAGAGCCCCAAGGACUGGGUGAGGCAGCACCGGAAAGAGGAGAAGAUGAAGAGCCAUAAAUUAGAAGAAGAAUUUGAGUGGUUAAAGAAAUCUGAAGUCUUGUACUACAGUGUAGAGAAAAAAGGGAAUGUCAGUUCCCAACUUAAACACUACAACCCUUGGAGCAUGAAGUGUCACCAGCAACAGUUACAGAGAAUGAAGGAGAAUGCAAAACAUCGGAACCAGUACAAAUUCAUCUUACUGGAAAACCUGACUUCCCGCUAUGAGGUGCCUUGUGUCCUGGACCUCAAGAUGGGUACCCGCCAGCACGGUGACGAUGCUUCAGAGGAGAAAGCAGCCAACCAGAUCCGCAAGUGCCAGCAGAGCACAUCUGCAGUCAUCGGUGUCCGUGUGUGUGGCAUGCAGGUGUACCAGGCAGGCAGUGGGCAGCUUAUGUUCAUGAACAAGUACCAUGGACGGAAGCUAUCGGUGCAGGGCUUCAAGGAGGCACUUUUCCAGUUUUUCCACAAUGGUCGGUACCUGCGCCGUGAGCUCCUGGGCCCUGUGCUUAAGAAGCUGACUGAGCUCAAGGCCAUUUUGGAGCGACAGGAGUCCUACCGCUUCUACUCAAGCUCCCUACUGGUCAUCUAUGAUGGCAAGGAAUGGCCUGAGGUGGCCCUGGACUCAGAUGCUGAGGACUUGGAGGACCUGUCAGAGGAGUCAGCUGACGAGUCUGCUGGUGCCUACGCCUACAAGCCCAUCGGCACCAGCUCAGUGGACGUGCGCAUGAUCGACUUUGCACACACCACCUGCAGGCUGUAUGGCGAGGACAGCGUGGUACACGAGGGCCAGGAUGCUGGCUAUAUCUUUGGGCUCCAGAGCCUGAUAGACAUUGUCACAGAGAUAAGUGAGGAAAGCGGGGAGUGAGCUUGCUGGCCGCACCAGCACUUGAGAGACUCUCUGUGUCCCAGGCACAGCUGUGCUGCGUCGGGGAGGAGGCCAGUAUGGCCAGGCCGUCGGCCCCUGCAGCCUGGAGCUGAUGUGCAGAGGCCUCUGUGAGUCCCAGCCUGAGCCAGCCUCAACUGCGUUCGGAGUCUUAUUUAUUUUAACUAUUUCUUCAACAUUCCACAUUUGAUGAUGCAGAUACCUCUUUCUUCCCUGAGUGUAAAUGUUCUAAUACAAAUCUUUUUGUUAAUUGUA